AUGUUUUUUUUCGUAAGGCCAUUACAAGAAUUGAAAAAUGCCAAACUACGUGGUAAAAAUGUACAAACAUUUGUUGAAUUACAAAAGGAUAUUGAAGCAAAAUUUCAUUCUGAAAAUUUAGGUUUUGAUAAAUAUGCUUAUAAGAUAAAUCGUGAAAAAUGUCUUACAUAUGAUGCAAUAAAAAUACUCACAUUACCAUGCAAGUAUCGUACUGAAUCAAUGAUUCAUUCAGCAACAGUAGCUGUAAUUACAACUAUUGAAGCAUUCAGUGAAUUUCCGAUUGCUAUGCAAAAAGCCAUUAUAGAAAAAGCAUGGUAUGAAAAAUAUGAAGCUAGACGAAUGAUUAUUCGACAAGGUCAACCACCAUUGAAUUUCUACUUCAUCAUUUCAGGUUCUGUGGUUGUUAGUGUAUCAAGAAAAGAAAAACAAACCGGAGAAAUUUAUGAAGAAACUGUAGCAUUUUUAAAAGCUGGACAAAGUUUUGGAGAAUUAGCUUUAAUUUACGGCGGUAAACGAAGUGCGACAAUUAUUUGCAAAACAAAUGUAGAAUUAUUAGUCAUGUCACAGCAUGAAUUCAACAAAAUAUUUCUGAAAAAUACAGAAAACAAAGAAGCUGAACAUAUCACAUUUUUACGCACCAUACCACUGAUACCAAAACAAGUUUUAAAUCACUUAUCCAAUGCUGAUGGUUCAGUUUUAUUGUUCACAUAUUUUCGACGUAAUGUAACCAUAUGUAUUGACAGUAAUAAAAGUAAUUGGAUUUAUAUAGUAAAAACAGGACAAUGUCGGAUUCUUAAAGAUGUUGAGUUAAAACCGAAAGACAUCAUAAAAUCAACAGUUAAAAAGCACAGACCUGAAACUGGUUUCCAAUUUCACUUUCAUUCAUCUUGUCAACCUAGAAAACCGAAAUUGUUGAAUUCUCAACAGUCAAAUAAACAAUCUGAAAGUAAAAAUGUAAAAAUAUUUAUAGAAUUGAAAAUAUUGGAACCAAAUAGUGUAUUUGGCUUGGAAUCGAUUGCAUUUGAACCGUUCGGUGGUACAACAUCUGUUUCACUAGUGUCGGAUGGAGCCGAAUGUGUAGCAAUUAAUAAGAAAUUCUUCAUUGAACAUUGUCCAACGAACUUUCUAAAUUGGUUACGAUCCAAAGUUCAACCAUUUCCUAGUAUUGAAGAGUUGGAAUCAAAAUUGAAUACUUAUCGAGAAUGGAAAAUUUAUCGCAGUCAUGUAGUUCAGGAUAUUGUUUCUGUUGAUAAAUGA